AUGCCAAGUGAAGAUUUCUCACUCUUCUCUUCAAAGGAGCUCGAAACGCUGCUCGGACAAAUAUAUGAACCAUUGACUCAGUGGGCAAAGGCAGGAGAACAACAUGGAGCACCAGCGCAUCCAAAUCCGCAAGCAGCACCCAUCAAGCUCUUAUUGGAGGAAGAGGGUUGUUCUCGACAAGAAAUCUUACAGGAAGUCGAGGAGGCGCUACGACGAAGCGUCAACCCAUGGACAGGUCGCUUCUGGGAAAAGCUGUACAGCAGACCUGACCCCGUUGGAAUCGCCGGCGACAUCGUGGUAGCAUGUUCGAAUGCCAGCGGCCAUGUGGAGUCGGCCAACCCGUACUUUGCUCGUGUCGAGACCUUUUGCGUCCGAGAGCUGGCCAAAGUCUUUGGCAUGGAUCCGGACCUCUCCGACGGCGUGACCAUGCCAGGGGGUAGCGCCUCCAAUACGCUCGCUCUCCAGACUUGUCUUGUUUCGCGAUUUCCGUCUUUUAGGACUGAGGGAGUUGCAGGCCUGUACUCUGACUUGCAGAGGCAUGAUUCAAUUGCUUCUUGUGCGCCUAGCGAGCGUUGGACUGGACAUGAACCUAGAUCCGUCAAGAAGGUUCUGGUCUUUGCUAGCGAGCAUUGCCAUUAUUCGAUCGAGCAAUCUGCGGUAGCUUGUGGAUUGGGAAGCAGCUCUGUGAUCAAAGUUGCUGGUGACGAGGGUGGAAAGAUGUCAGUCGACUGCCUUGCACAAGCGGUGCAGAGCUCCCUGGAAGGCGGUGAUGCCCCUCUCUUCGUGUGCGCUACCGCAGGAACGACGGUACUAGGAGCCUUCGAUGACAUCAGGGCCAUCUCAUCAGUCUGCAAAGAGUAUGGUCUCUGGCUCCAUAUUGAUGCCUCCUGGGGUGGCCCUGCUAUCUUUUGCCCGACAAUGCGUGCUCUGUUUGCCAAGAGCCAUUGUGCCCAAACAAUCACGAUCAAUCCGCACAAGUUGCUUGGGAUUCCCCAUCAAUGCAGCUUCCUUCUGUUCCAGAACAGGGGACUGACUUCGCAGCUCAAAGUCGAGGCUCCUUAUCUCUUUCAUUCUGUAUCGAAAGCGAAUCUCGCCGCCGGAUUCGACCAUGCCACCAAGACGCUGGGAUGCGGUCGAAGGCCAGACGCAUUCAAAUUCUACUUGGCGUGGAAGAGGCAUGGCUCAAAGGGGUUUGGAGAGCGCAUUACCCAAGCGCUUGUACAAGCUGAAGAUCUCCGCGGGUACAUUCUGCUCCACAGAGACUCGUUAGCGCUUGAGCUUGGUCCCGUUCCAUCUCCGCCUUUUCUUCAAGUAUGCUUCCGACCGCUUGCUCCAGUCAAGUCGCCGGCUGCUCUGGCUAAUGGGCUGUCUGAGCAGCAGCUGCUUGAUGCUUGCGUCCUGCAAGUACAUUGCUCCUUCCAGCAUACGCGAUUCGCGGUCGACUUUGCUCCGCUCCCACAGGUUGGUCGCCUAUACAUACGGCUCGUUGUCCACCCGUAUGCCAAUUGGGAAGAUCUCACUCAACUUGUUGCCCAUGUUGGGGACGAAGGAAAGCGCUUUUGGGAAGCUCGAAAGUGCUGA